AUGAAUAUCGAUGAUUACGAAUCAUUGCCUACUACCAGUGUAGCCAUUAAUAUGACGGCCGGUGCUAUCGCCGGUGUAUUGGAGCACAUUGUUAUGUAUCCUAUGGAUUCGGUUAAGACUCGGAUGCAAAGUUUAUCACCGAAAACCGCCAAAUACAAUAUAACGGCAACGUUUAAGAAUAUGGUAAAAAAGGAGGGUCUACUAAGACCCAUAAGAGGUGUAACGGCCGUUGUGGCCGGGGCUGGACCUGCGCACGCUCUAUACUUUGGCUCGUACGAAUUAUCGAAAGAGUUUAUGACGAAAGUAACCAAAAAUAAUCACAUUAAUUACGUUUCCUCAGGUGUGGUGGCCACUUUAAUACAUGAUGCCGUCUCCAAUCCAGCUGAAGUGAUAAAGCAGCGAAUGCAAAUGUACAAUUCACCCUAUCGGUCCGUGGUCGCUUGUUUGCGUGGUGUUUAUCAAACGGAAGGCCUGCGAGCCUUCUAUCGUUCGUAUUCUACGCAACUUGUAAUGAAUAUACCGAAUCAAACGAUACACUUCUCUACCUAUGAAUUAUUCCAGAAUAUGCUCAAUCAGGAGCGUAAAUAUAAUCCUCCGGUACAUGUAAUAGCGGGCGGUGCGGCCGGUGCAUGCGCAGCAGCUGUUACUACACCUUUGGAUGUAGUGAAAACUUUAUUAAAUACCCAAGAAACCGGUUUAGUUAAAGGCAUGAUAGAGGCCAUGAAAAAGAUUUAUAUUAUGGCUGGACCAAAAGGCUUCUUCAAAGGUCUGUCGGCUCGUGUCUUAUAUUCAAUGCCAGCCACUGCCAUCUGCUGGUCAACAUAUGAAUUUUUCAAAUUCUAUUUAUGUGGCAUAGAACGCGAGCAGUACAAAUCUUCAAUUGUGGGCAAAAGUACACUGCAGCCGCGUGAUAAAGGUUACGUUGUCCUUUCCACGACAUCGAACGAUGAUGACUCAAAAUUACCGGACACCAAAGAAACGACAUCGCCACAAUCACCGACAUCAAUACAACAGCCGCCAGUGCCAUCUAGACCCAUUAAAACGGUAUGCGAAUUGUCAACUAGUGUGACAGCGCCACCAUUAAAUCUUAAUACCCGACACUCGGACGUUAAAAGUCCUUUUGAACGAGGAUUUCCCACUACAUAAACGACUCUCAUGUCCUGUCACAAGCAGAGUAUGUGUCAAUAACUCGAACUCAUUGCAAUCAUCAUCCACAUAAUCCCGCUCAAUCACAAACACACACACACACAAACACAAACAAUUAUGCAUACAUACACAAACCGCACAGAUAGACGACAAGCAUAAAAAGCAAUUGCAGCGUCAGGUGUCUCGCCUGUGAGUACCAGCAGCGCCUGUUUAUGCUGACAUGCCACACGAAAUUCUCUAUGAGGAUGAAGAGUGUUGUUGCUGUGUGCGUUUGUUUCUUUGAAAAACUAUGGAAAAGUUUAGGAAUAUAAAAAUCCACUUUUGUUAUUUCAUCUUUAUAUUUAAUAGAUCUGUUCUAAUAUAGGUACAUAUAUAUAUAUGUAUGUAUAUAUACAUAGAUAUAUAGGUCUAUGUAAAUAAAUAAUAUAUAUAUAUACGAGAAUGCGUAUUGUAAAUGUAUUACGAAAAUAAAAUUCAUUAACGCAGCGUCACUCUCGGAACAUAAACCAACGUCAGUAUGUCUUUUUGCCUUGGCAGCGAUUUUUAAUUUUUUAAUCGCUUCUAACACAAUAUUCUUGAGUAGCGUUUCUCUCGUUUCUUCAGAUCUUGGAAUAUUCGGGCGAAAAUAAUUUUCAAUUUUUCAAAAAAAAAAAAGAAAGGGAAAAAGAUUUUAAAAAACGCCUUAUUCUCGACCCUACAACAAUAUGUGUACAUAAAUCUAUUUUAAUUACUUACUGUACACAAUAAAGUCUUGUAAAACAAAAGUUGAAAACGAAUACAAUUUAAAAACUAUUAACAAAACAAAAAAAAAGUAUAAUUUAAAGAAAAUAAAAAAAAAAAAGAAAAGAAAAUUAAUUACUAAACACACAACUGUAAUCAAAUUGCAAUAAGAGAGAAAUAACUAUUAUAAAAAA